ACUGGAUAAUACUUUUUAAUCUGUUGAGAUCAAAAACACUUCAAGUAUUGGAACAGAAUGUUCAACAUCUGCAAAGACUAAAGUUGAGAGCUCAUGCAAGGAGACAGAGCUGACACUGUAUGAUGGAGGGCAAAGGUCAUGAUGAAAACAAUCAGAAAUCUGCAUCUUUUAAAAAAAACAAAAAAACAUUAAGGACAAUAUUCGGUCUGGUCAGGUGAAGAUGGUUCAGUCAGCAGCUGCUGGCGUACUUUAUCCUCCAUUCCACAGAGAAAAGUGAAUUUGGCAAAUUGAGUGUAGUUUGAGUCUGAGAGGGAUGUUUAGAAAUGCUGCCCAAUCGGGUGAGAUGUUUUGAUGUUUCUGGUUUCUAAUGCUGAUGCUGUUUCACAUCUUCCAAAACGUUUCUCUCCAGACUCCAGCUGGGCGGAGUGAAGAGAAGCCCCUAGAGCUAGACAGAUGUGGACAUCACAGGGAUGCCUUUAGGCACACUGUCGUACUCUGCAAAAACAUUCCACACAUAACAAUAAUUUCACUUUUUCAAGCAGUUUCUUUUCAAUAAUAUCAAAUGAAGUGAUGGUUUUUAAUCAGAGUGCUGAACAUUUGAUUCCUGUUUGUGAAAUGUAAAAACAAGCAAAGCUGCAGCAGUGUGGCAUCAUGUUCUUCUUCUUUCUGGUUAUCCUCUGAGGACAAAGUGUCUCUGCCUCUAACCCUCUAAACAUGCUGUUGCUGUUGUUGUUGUCGUGCAGCGCGCUACAUGUGGUGCUGAUGCUACGCGCUCUGGAGGCUGAAAACCAAUCAGAGCGCUUAUCAGACUUCACCAUCCCGUCUCUCUCUGCAGAGCAGCAUGCGCUCUGGUUCGCCACAGUCCUCUCAGUCGACUCUCAGUCUGACAGGAAGAUGGUACCGUGCACGGAGCGUCCUGCUGCACGCGAACCGAAAGCGUCAAUCAUCGACUCGCUGCGGGACUUUUAAACUCAUCAUGCCGGGUUACGCCAGGUUUCUGUUGGUACUUGUGUGUCUGAUCCUGCUCGGGGAGUGCAGGAAACACAGAAGUAGGAAGAAGCGCUGGUCUGCUCCGGCGGAGACUCACAAGCCCGGAAGCCCUCUGUCAAAGAAGGUCGCAGAUGGAACCAAAUCCCGAAAGGUGAAGACCAGCCACCUGCUGCGCAUAGACGACCACGACUUCACCAUGAGGCCCGCCUUCGCAGGUCCAGCUGUCCCUGUUGGAGUUGAUGUUCAGGUGGAAAGCUUGGACAGCAUAUCAGAAGUAGACAUGGACUUCACCAUGACCCUGUAUCUGAGGCACUACUGGAAGGACGAGAGGCUGGCCUUUCCGAGCUCCACCAACAAGAGCAUGACCUUUGACGGGCGCCUGGUGAAGAAGAUCUGGGUGCCUGACGUGUUCUUCGUCCACUCCAAGAGGUCUUUCAUCCACGACACCACCACUGACAACAUCAUGCUGCGGGUCUUCCCCGACGGUCACGUCCUGUACAGCCUGAGGGUUACGGUCACUGCUGCCUGCAACAUGGAUUUCAGUCGUUUCCCUUUGGACUCACAGACGUGCACGCUAGAGCUGGAGAGCUACGCAUACACAGACGAAGACCUGAUGCUGUAUUGGAAAAGCGGCGACGAGUCUCUGAGCACUGACGACAGGAUUUCUCUGUCUCAGUUCCUCAUCCAGAAGUUCCACACGACCUCCAGACUGGCUUUCUACAGCAGCACAGGCUGGUACAACCGUCUGUACAUCAACUUCACUCUGCGGCGUCACAUCUUCUUCUUCCUGCUGCAGACCUACUUCCCCGCCACUCUGAUGGUCAUGCUGUCCUGGGUGUCCUUCUGGAUCGACCGCAGGGCCGUUCCUGCCAGAGUCUCAUUAGGUAUAACCACGGUGCUCACCAUGUCCACCAUCAUCACUGGAGUCAACGCCUCCAUGCCCAGGGUCUCCUACAUCAAAGCUGUGGACAUUUACCUGUGGGUCAGUUUCGUCUUUGUCUUUCUAUCUGUGCUUGAAUACGCUGCAGUCAACUACCUGACAACGCUGAGGGACGGUAAAGACCGCAAGCUCAGAGAAAAAGCCAGGCAACAGUCCCAGACACUCCCCUGCACCUGUGGCAUGUCCCACACCAGGACCAUGAUGCUGGACGGAACGUACAGCGAGGCGGACGCCAACAGUCUGGCGGGUUACACGAGGGCCUCCAUGGCGGCUGAGGAUGCGUCAGAAAAACAGGAGCGAAUGGUGGUGCAUCUCUCCCUGGACAACGAGCCCACGGGGACCAAGAAGAAGCGCGGCUUCCGAAUCAUCCAGAACACCCACGCCAUCGACACCUACUCUCGCAUGAUCUUCCCUGGCUCCUACAUCCUGUUUAACCUGAUCUACUGGUGUGUGUACUGCUGAGUGUGUGCAUUUUAGCCUAAACAGUAGCAGUGAGAGGAAAUCUUGUUGUUGACUUUAGAAGAGAGAUACUGUACAGUUGUUUCCAUUCUGCAUGUUCAGGUAGAGCAACAAAUUUGGCAGGAUGGAUAAAGAAUAUCAGAAUAUCUCCAACUCUGGCUCACAUGUCACUGCUGGACUGGACCACUCCAACACCAUCUCCUGCUUUACACCAUUAUAUCACAAGCUCAUGUUUACCCCAGUCACACUCUGACAACCUCGUGGGGCUGGUUGCACGUUGUGCUCCUUGAGUAGUCUAAUGCCAGUUGAACAAAAAUAAAAACUAUUUUAAGGUCUUGUUCGCGAGUUAGGGGACAAUGGAACGUGAGAUUGGCCGGAGAAUCGGAGCAGCAGGGGGGCGGUAUUGCAUUCGCUUUACCGCACCGUUGUGACAAAAAGAGAGCUGAGCCGGAAGGCAAAGCUCUCGAUCUACCGGUCAAUCUUCAUUCCUACUCUCACAUAUUCAUGUUCAUGAGGGCUUUGUCAUGACCCAAAGAACUAGAUCUACUGGUCAGUCUUUGUUUCUACUCUCACCUAUGGUCAUGAGGGCUGGGUCAUGACCCAAAGAACUAGAUCUACCGGUCAGUCUUCAUUCCUACUCUCACCUAUGGUCAUGAGGGCUGGGUCA